AUGACCUGCCAGUCUUGCGUGCGCAACAUCGAGACGACGGUCGGCGACAACGCCGGCAUCCACUCCAUCGUCGUCUCGCUGCCGGACGAGAGCGCCACCGUGACCUUCGACCCGCAGCUGACCUCACCGCAAGGCAUGGUGGCGCCCGAGCUCGCCGACCAGCAGCUGAUCGACUGGGUGGAGGAGAUGGGCUUCGAGGCGCGCCUGGCCGCCGAGCUGCAGUGCCGCCUGGCCAUCGAGAACAUGAGCUGCCAGUCGUGCGUGCGGAACAUCGAGGGCAAGGUGGCCGCCCAGCCGGGGGUGGACCUGGAGGCCAAGGAGGGUGUCAUCACCUACAACCCGCAGGUCACUUCUCCCGGCACGCUGGAGGACUUCGUCAACGGCAUCGGGAAGUUCAGGGCCGCCGUGAAGCCACCGUCGGAUGGAUCUUCCACAGGGCCCGUGGACGGCUGCCUCACACCUCUGCCCGGAGAAGACGCCGUCAGUCCAGGGAAGUCGACACGCUCGGCGGCCGACGAGCUGGAGACGUGCACCGUCUCCAUCCGCGGCAUGACGUGCGCCAGCUGCGUCAGCGCCAUCGAGAAGCACAUGGACAAGGUGGACGGUGUGGAAUCGAUCCUGGUGGCGCUGCUGGCUGGCAAAGCCGAGGUGCAGUACGACCCGGCUGUGCUGCUGCCCUCGCAGGUGGCCGGCCUUAUCUCCGACAUUGGCUUCCCGGCCCCAGCUGCUGGAGAACCAUAGCCCGGGGGCACGCUCGACCUCGAGAUCCGCGGGAUGACCUGCGCAUCGUGCGUGCACACGAUCGAGACGAACGUGGUGCGGCGGCCGGGCGUGGUGUCCGUGUCGGUGGCGCUGGCGACGGAGCGCGGGCGGGUCGUGUUCGACCCGGGCCAGACGGGACCGCGAGACAUCAUCCAGGCGAUCGAGGACCUGGGCUUCGAGGCGGCGCUCCGCUCGGGCAAGCAGGGCAGCGCGUCGUACCUGGACCACCGCGAGGAGAUCGCCAAGUGGCGCAACUCGUUCCUGGUGUCGCUGUUCUUCGGCGUGCCGUGCAUGCUCAUCAUGGUGUUCUUCAUGGUGCGCAUGCGCCGGCUCGGCCAUGGCAGCAUGUGCUGCGUGGUGCCCGGCCUCUCCAUGGAGAACCUGCUCAUGUUCAUCCUUUCGACGCCGGUGCAGUUUAUCGGCGGCCGGCACUUCUACGUGGCGGCGGUGAAGUCGCUGCGCCACGGCGCCGCCUCCAUGGACGUGCUCAUCAUGCUGGCCACGACCGUGUCGUACGUGUACUCGGUGGCCGUGGUGGUGGCGGCCAUGCUGCUGCAGGAGUCGGCGAGCCCGCUUACCUUCUUCGACACGCCGCCGAUGCUGCUGGUGUUCGUCUCGCUGGGCCGGUGGCUCGAGCACAUUGCUAAGGGAAAGACGUCUGAGGCGCUGGCCAAGCUGAUCUCGCUGCAGCCCACUGAGGCGGUGCUAGUGACGCUGGGGGAGAACAGGGAGGUGCUCACAGAGGACAGCAUCUCCGUCGAGCUGGUACACCGCGGCGACAUCCUCAAGGUGGUGCCCGGCGCCAAGGUGCCGGUGGACGGCCGUGUCCUCAGUGGCCACUCCCUCUGCGACGAGUCCCUCAUCACCGGCGAGUCCAUGCCCGUCGCCAAGAAGCCAGGCUCGCAGCUGAUCGGCGGCGCCAUCAACCAGAACGGCACCCUGCUGAUGACUGUGACGCACGUGGGCCAGGACACGACCUUGGCGCAGAUCGUGCAGCUGGUGGAGGAGGCGCAAACCAGCAAGGCGCCCAUCCAGCAGCUGGCCGACCGCGUGGCAGGUUACUUCAUCCCGAUCGUGGUGUCCGUCUCGGUGACGACCCUGAUCGGCUGGACCAUCGCCGGAUACGUCGACAUCCACUACAUCGACCCCCACUUCAACGGCACCUCGGUGCACGGCGAGACGCGCGACGAGGUCAUCUUCCAGUUCUCGUUCCGGUUCGCGCUGACCGUGCUGGCGAUCGCCUGUCCGUGCGCGCUGGGCCUGGCCACGCCCACCGCCGUCAUGGUGGGCACCGGCGUCGGCGCACUCAAUGGCAUCCUCAUCAAAGGCGCGGAGGCUCUGGAGAACGCGCACAAGGUGCGCAGUGUGGUCUUCGACAAGACCGGCACCAUUACGCGCGGCCUGCCGUCUCUGACCCACCUGGCGGUGUACGUGGACGAGGUCACCUGCCCGCUGGCCCGGCUGCUGGCGCUGCUCGCCUCAGCGGAGGCCAGCAGCGAGCACCCCAUCGCGCACGCGAUCGUGCGCUUCGUCAAGGAGACGCUGUCGGUGGACGCGCUCGGCACCUGCGAACGGCUUCCAGGCGGUGUCCGGCUUCGGCGUCAGCUGCGUCGUCUCUACAUCGAUGCUCUGGUAGCCGCCGGCCAGAGAGCCGAGGCCGUCACCAACUUGCUGAACCAGCUCUCGCCGCCGACCGGGCGAACGGUGGAGUUCCUGCCGGAGGUGGGCGCCGCCCGGCCGCCGGCCGAUGACCUGCUCGACCUGAACGCGGCGCAGAAGCGCGAGUACAAGGUCAGUGAGGUGCUCACCCGGCCGCGUGGCGGCCGCCACCAGUGCCAGCUGGGCUGCAAACGUGCUGAUCGGAACCGCGAAUGGAUGCGCCAAAACGGCAUGGAGGUGCCGGCGGCCGUCGACGCCGGCAUGCGGGAUCAGGAAGAGCGCGGCCGCACCGCCAUCCUGUGCGCCGUCGACGGCGUGCUGGUGGCCAUGGUGGCCGUGGCUGACACGGUGAAGCCGGAGGCGCACCUGGCCGUGUACACGCUGAAGCGGAUGGGCCUGGACGUCGUGCUGCUGACUGGCGACAACCAGAAGACGGCAGCGGCCAUCGCGCGCCAGGCCGGCAUCUCGCGCGUCUUCGCCGAGGUCCUGCCGUCGCAUAAGGUGAAGAAGAUCCAGCAGCUGCAGUCGCUGGGCCAGCGAGUGGCCAUGGUGGGCGACGGCAUCAACGACUCGCCGGCGCUGACGCAGGCCGACGUCGGCAUCGCCAUCUCGUCCGGCACGGACGUGGCCGUCGAGGCGGCCAGCAUCGUGCUCAUGCGGAACGAUCUGCUCGACGUUAUUGCCUGUCUCGAUCUCUCGCGAAGAACAGUGAAGAGGAUACGAAUGAACUUCGUCUUCGCCAGUAUUUAUAACCUCGUCGGUAUUCCUCUGGCGGCCGGCGUGUUCCGGCCCUGGGGUAUCGUGCUGCAGCCGUGGAUGGGCUCGGCCGCCAUGGCUCUCAGCUCGGUCUCGGUCGUCUGCUCCUCGCUGCUGCUCAAGCUGUACAAGAAGCCGACCCGCGAGAGCCUGGCCACUUUGGAGUACCUGAAGGCCAUGGAGGCGCGCUCGCUGGCGCACGACUCGGCCGACACCGUGUCCAUCCACCGCGGCCUGGACGACAUCACCAUCAGCAUGCCGAAGACCAGUACCAGCCUCAGCAGGCUGGUGGAGCGGAGUCUGCUGAGCUUCCGGCCCAGCCACCAGCGGCUGGCCACCGAGGACUCGGACGAGGAGACCGAGAUGCGGCCGCUCCAGUGAGCACCGGCCGAUGGCGGGGCCUCAGCCGAACUCAGCCGUCGAGGUGGAGGACGCUGGGUCCCGCCGUUCUGGACUCGCCUUGCCGCCUCGUGACGGCGACGCCAGUAAUGCCAGUACACAGAGCAGACUUGGAUUGUCAGCGUCCGUAAAUUGUCCCAAGCCCGCACCUGUCUUCGCGGCCAGCCGGCUCGCACCUCUGGACAGCACACUACGUUAGUAUUUCUGCCCUAGAAUUGCUAGCGGACAAACGUGCCAAGGUGUCUCGAUGUCUCGUGAG